AAGAAAAAAAAAGUUUCCAUCUUUUUUUUUUGUUUCUCAUAAGGAAAAGCAUAAUUAGAAUUGUGUAGAGAUAUGGGGCUUGAGCUUUGUCUCACCCUUCCGUUCCCACACACUCCUUCACAAGUGUUUGACUUUGACCUCGACGAACAUUGCUCGACGUUUGGCUCCGGUGCCACUAAGUCCUGUUUGGCUGCAGAGAAAUCCGGUUGCGGUGGCGCUGGGAAACGGUUGCGUUUGGACGCUGCGUUUGGGAGUUUGCAUGGAGAGCGUUCUGUGCUGAAACCGCGUUUGGUUUCUUGGGAUCGCCAACCAAACGAGGAAGAAGAUGAUUUCGAGAAACGCAGCUGUUCCGUCAUUUAUGAGAAAGAUGAAAAUAAUCGAAUUGUGGGAUGGCCUCCGAUUAAGUCAUGGAUGAAGAAGUAUCAUCCAUAUCGUCACCAUCAUCCUUAUGGUCGUCAACGAGCGUCAUGGUCAUCAUCAUCAUCAUCAAAGUCAAAGUCAAUGUAUGUAAAUGUGAAGAUGAAAGGUGCCGCAAGAAAGAUUGACAUCAAGCUUUUCAACUCUUAGACCUGGUGAUUUCUAAGCAGUGUUUCAAAUGUAGUUGUUGUUUCAGUUCAAUUCAAUCUCCACAAGAUGAUUAUGCCUCGUUAUCAAGUGAUUACGGUUUUAUA